UUUUGUCUUCUGUGACCAACACGGUCUCUAAUCAUGCCCUUCCGUCCCAAUUCUAAACACACUAAAGUGGCUGUAGCUCUUUCUCUUUGCGCUUCACUUCGCUACAAUGAAGAACCUCCAAUCCGAUUUAUCCUCCGUCUUUCGCCUCAACAUCGGAGGCAAGAAAUUCUGCACCACCACCGACACUCUCACACAGCGCGAGCCCGAUUCAAUGCUUGCCGCCAUGUUUAGUGGCCGCCACACUCUGUGCCAAGAUUCUGACAAGGGGUAUGUGUUUGUUGAUAGGGAUGGUAAACACUUUCGGCACAUUCUCAAUUGGUUAAGGGAUGGUGUGGUGCCUACUCUUGAAGAAUAUCAGUACUCGGAAUUGUUAAGGGAGGCUGAGUACUAUCAGCUACUUGGGCUUAUAGAUGGAAUACAUGCUGUCCUCAAUGAAAAGAAGGAAGUUGAUGAGUUCCGUACAGAGUUGACUCGUACAGACAUCAUCAAGUGUAUACAAUCUGAGAAAGUAAGGCUUCGAGGGGUUAAUCUUUCUGGACUUGACCUCUCUAAACUGGAUUUAUCAUACGUAGAUUUCAGCUAUGCUUGUCUUAAAAAUGUGUUCUUUUCACGAGCAAACCUUCAAUGUGCAAAGUUUCGAGAUGUUGAGGCCGAGGCCUCCAUUUUUCACAAUGCAACUUUGCGUGAAUGUGAAUUUACUGGGGCAAACCUUCGUGGUGCUUUAUUAGCUGGUGCAUGCCUUCAGAGUGCAAAUCUACAAGAUGCUUGCUUAGUAGAUUCUAGCUUAUGUGGUGCAGAUUUGCGUACAGCACAUCUACAGAAUGCAGAUCUAACCAAUGCCAAUCUAGAGGGAGCCGUUUUGGAAGGAGCUAACUUGAAGGGGGCAAAACUGAACAACGCCAACUUGAAGGGUGCAAACCUUCAACGAGCUUAUCUCAGUCAUCUUAAUCUUCGAAAUACGCACUUGGAAGGUGCGAGGCUUGAUGGUGCCAAUACUGUUGGAGUAAUCAGAUAAUAUUUGUCCCGGAAAUUAAAAAAUUUGGAAUUUGGAAUAUGGCUAUAAAAUUUCAAUACUAGAUGAAUGAACUUGGGAAUUUGAAAGUUAUCUCGUGUAUAAGUGCUUCUGGUGAGGUCGAUAUUUUAGUUCGGUCUGCUGAUCUCCUCCAACAAUAACAUGUGGCUGAUAUUGUGAGAUAAAGUUGUUUAUGCUGUUCUUGUUCAUAUUUUGUGUUGAUUCUGGUUUUUGGCUUUUCCUAUGUACCCUGAAUAUUACUAAUUUAUUAUGUGAACUAUGUUGUAUAAAAAGUUCGUAUUUAUGAAUCAUGAUUGUCUUGUAUAA